GGCGCAGUAUGUGUGUACGUCGAUUAUAAUCGUGAACGUUUCACGUGAUCGUCUUACAAAUUCAUAUAUAUAUACGACGAGCCUAAUAUAAAAUACAAAACACAAAGAGAAAGAAAAAGACAAUACAUUAAAUCACUAUUAUGUGUUAUAUUAAACCAUUUUUAUGUGUGUAAAAAUCUUGAAAAAAGCAAAAGAAGAGUGCUCAAGGUUUUGGAACAUCGAUAAAAUAGCUUAUAAGAGGUGGUAGCCUCAGCCGGUAAACGAGAAAUCUCGAGACGAAAAUCAUCCUCGGUUCCCCCUACAGGGAAGACUUAACCAGAGUGCGCAGGAGCUCCUUCCGGAGGGGGGGCGGCCCACGAUCGACGGGAGGCUUUGUGAGCCACUGCUGAAUUGCGCACACGCGCGGAAUUUCCCGGGAAUCGGGUUUUUCCGGGUCUCUAACACGGUUCUCCCUCGUUCGGCUCACUCGAGCGUCCGACGCGCGACACGGCAACAGGUGACGACCGGAGGCCGAUUACCAGAAUCUACCAAACCAGCGACAGCAUCUACGGGCUAAGUGUCAUCACGCUUUCUCAAGCGUCCACACGCGUCGCGUUCGAAUCAAAUACGCGCGUAAAAGAAAAAACGACUCCCUUCAGAAAAUUCUCGAUCUUUCGAUUCGUUGUCACGAAAUUUUUAACUGGACAAUUUUGACCGGAUAUUGUUGCUGUUGGACUUCGAAGAAUCUUCGAAAGGAAGAUUGGGGAUCGUGAAAAAGGAAACGGAAGUACCAGUGAGGGAAAAUGAGCGUCGAAGACGCCAUCAAUUAUAAGCCCAGCGAGGAGGAGGAUUACUAUGCUCUGCUCUCGUGCGACGAGUCCUCGACGGUGGAACAAAUCACGGCAGAGUAUAAGGUGCUGGCUCUUCAAUAUCAUCCGGACAAGAACGAAGGUGAUAAGGAAGCUGAACGGAAAUUUCAGCAAUUGCAGCACGCGAAAGAGGUUCUCUGUGACCCUGAGCAAAGGAGCAACUAUGACAAAUGGAGGCGUAGCGGGAUCGCCAUCAGCUACAAGCAAUGGCUUGGAAUGAAGGAUCACGUGCAUCAGGACGCGGCCGCCGAAUCUGCUGGUUCCCCUGGUCACACUAGCAAGGCGCAACCAGCGAACGCUCACAGAAGAGCUUCGGAGGGUGGCGCGAACAUCUAUUACGGUGCACGUCGUGACCUUGGCUGGGACUCGGAGGCGUCUAACGAGGUGGUGAACAAGUUCCGCAACUACGAGAUCUAAAGGUGCGACGUCGUUCUCCAAUUUCUGGUCGUCGUCUGGACCAACGAUCGCUCGCUCUGUGUAUCUACCUUUUUUCUUUUCUUUUUUUUUUUUGCGAAGUAUAUCGAACGGAACAAACGGAUGAAGCAUCAUAAGCAAACGUAAUGAAUUACGGAUACUCCGUCUCGUCGUGAAUUUACCGCUCCUUGUUGUCCAACCGAGAAAACCUCAAGGAAGAAUGUUGUUGAGUUUGAAUUGAGAUUUUGAGCGAAGAUCAUGUUUCUGUUAUCGUUAACUUUGCAAAAAGUUUGGUCCUUUUUCUUCUUUUUGUCAUUGUUAUUAUUCCACUAGUAUCGUUAUUAAGAAAGAAGAAUACUAAUUUUAUCAUUGGGUGAGUUUUGUUGAUUUUGAAGUGGAUAAAGACUGUAUUUAUUGCAAGUGUUCGGAGGAAGAUAUUUGAAGAUUCUAGUUCGUCUUUUAAUAUGUUAAAUAUGUACGAUGCAGAUUAUCCAUAGUCGAGAGCAGUUUCUGUUCAAGUCGGUAACGCUUUCUGCGAAUAUAAAAUAAAUAACGGCACGAGCUAUCGACGGCAGACGCAGAUUGAAUGGAAUAUUAUGCGAGAGUGGCAGGGAACGUGCCAAGAUGGAGAACAUACUCGAUAUGAAAACUGUGCGAUCAUCCAAGUGGAUACUUUGUAAUUUGAUCGAUCAUACAGUAUAUGAAUUUGCAAAGGCCGAAGGAAAUACGCUGCAAAUCUUCUCUUGCAAUUCUUAUGACUAUCGAAAUUUAAAAAAUUUCGAUAAUUAAUUUCUAUUGUCUACGUUUGAACAAUUUCACAAUAUUUAAUUGGAAUUCUUAAUAUUCACAACGGUGAAAUGCGACUAACCGAGCAGGAAUAAAUUGAACAGCAAAAGUCGGCCACAGAGUAUACGAUAUCGAUCCUGCUUUAGAGAUCUUUUUAUGGGAGAAGGAAGAGGGAAACCAGAGGGAAACUCGUUUAAAGUUCCAGACGAGAAAAGAGGAUGCUCUCGAGGUUUCUCGAAAGAAGUGUCACAUUUUUCUUAUUUCCAUUUCUUCCUUAAAGUUUUGUUUAAGUGUCACGAAACAGAGCGACAAGGAAGAGAAGAAUAUUGAAGAAAGCAAAAAGAAGAAAUCAGGGCGAGAAAAAUCGAAGGAUCGGCUAGACGGUGCUUUAAUGUCGUAUCAAGAGAGAAGCUAAAAUCCACGAUUCCACGAAGGGAUUCAAACGUAAGAAAAUAACUAGUUGUUUCUACUAUAACGUUACUCGCGAUAGAAUUUGCUUAAGUGGUCCACUUCGAGCUGAAUGAAUUUCAGUUUCUAAACAAUCCUGAGGAAUAAUGUAUAUAACAUUCAUAUGUUUUUGAAUUUUUUUACUUAUUGAAUUGGGAAUAAUAAGAGAAUAAUGUUGCCUUAUUUUGGUGAAAUUAAUUGAUGAUAGAUUGUCCUGAUUUUUAUUAACAAUUUUUAACAUUCACCUAUCUCAUUUAUUUAAAAUGAAUUAGAAUUAAAAUACACAGUUGCUUUUUAAAUCAGAAUCUCAUAUAUUCUGUGAAAAAAUAUCAUCCUGAUAAAAAGUAUUAUACUUCGUUUUAAGGUAUCUAUUCACAAGUUUUAAGGAAAAUCAGCGACGAGAGAUACAAAAAUUCGAAGAAAUUAGUCGAGAAACGUUCCUAAUCUCAAGUUGCGAAGAUAAUUCAAUUCAAUUGACAUUCCUUCGUAUCACCCUUUGUAAAGUAUGUACGAUUUCCAAAACAGUGAUUUGUACCACUUAAAUAGUACUUCCAUCGCCGAGUAGCUAGAAGAAAAAAAGUAACUCGUUGUUUCUACAUUGAGUAUUCUUCAAUGGAACGCUUGAACAGUUUAGACGUCGAAUCACAAAAGCUUCGUACGCGCGAAUAUCGAAAUAUAUCCUCGAUCUUUUCCAAGCGAAACAUUAGUAACUUUUGUGUCGUCGAAGAUAAGAUCGUCGAAUAAACUGAUUAAGCAUAGUUAUUCCAUUGUUGAGCAAAUCGAUGACGGCGCACUUGUACCUGUGUCAAACGCAAAGUAUAUAUCGUUUUUUCUCGACCACACUUGAAUGUUCGAAACCUUCACGACCCCAUAGAUCCACGUCAUACUUUUCUGUACUUAAAUCAGUCCUUUCGCUGAAAGAAAAUAUAUCGAAUAGACACUAAUUUAUUGUUAUGUGAACUUUUAAUAUAUAGAUGUUCGUUAAUAAAAUUGCGAACGAGUCUUAUUCAUCUCGAUCAUAUUCAUUUUUGUCGGUCCCACACCCUUCUUUUUUUACGUAAAAUAUUUUCCAAUUAAAUUUUAAAAUAUUACCGGGACGAUACCGAAAAAAAUUCAUCGUCAAAUAUUGUCCUUUGCUUUCGAUUAAUCCACUUCGACGCAGACUGAAAACGGGAACAACGUACCAAAGCACGGAGGAUCAACUUUGCGACGAACAAUCUAAAUUUUCGAGAGGAAACUCGAUGGAAUUAAAACGCUAGAGCUUCGAUUUAUCAAUUUUCCCUCAGGCAAUUUCUAAAAAUGUCAGUAGUUUUAAAAAGUUACACUUUAUAUCCACGUUAUUUUACGUUCAUUCAUCAGCGAAAGGAUUUAACAGCACUUCUGAUUUAUUAUCAACAGACUGCGGAUGUUUAUACAUUUAUGAGAAAUUUAAACGUGAAAAAAUGUAUAAAAAGGAACAUAAUACGGAGAAAUAUAGUUCUUGACAAGAGAUUUUACACUUUACGCUUCAUAAUCUUCACGAAGUUCCUUUAAUUUGUUACAGCAGUUAUAUUCAAGACCAUACAAUUACUAUAUUAGUUAACAAAAACAAUACACUUUUUACUCGUAUACUCAAUAUCCCCGAAUCGCAUUUUUUAUUGAAAAUUAUUUAUUAUUUUGAAGAAACUUUUAGCAAGUCCGUGUAUAUUUUCUAUUAUAUUCACAUCGGCUGACAAAAUAUCCAAAAUUUAUUAUAAUAUUUAGGUGAAACAAGUCACUAAUUAAGAUCCAUUUCUUCGCUUAUAUUCUCAAAAAUUUGUAUAAAAAUCCACAGUCUAGUUAUCAUUCUCUCAUCAUCGAUAGAAUCCCAUCUCACUACAGCGAGUUACAUCAUUCGUUCGGCAUCACCCUGUCUGAAGAGCAACCGGUCUCGUGAUAAUUUCUCGAUUCAUAGAUUAAGUUUGGUUCUUCGUUUCAAUCACCACGAAUACGAAUAUAUCGAUAGCUAGUCGACGAGGAAUUUUUCUAAUGCACUCGAACGUCGUCGUUGCGUUCCGCGUAAUUAAGGCACGUAGACGUAGAAGCUAAUGAUUGGUGGCCGAAAAUAGCAGCAGUCGACUCGUACGUAUCGAUGUGACCUUUCGAUAUUAGUAUGUAAGGCUCCGAGGUACGGCUUAAAACGAUCCUGUCUCCUCGAAUUUAUUUUCACCCGUGUCCAGAUAUCGUUCCUUUUCUUCUUUUUUAUUUUAUCCUUAGCUCACUUGAACUUUCCAUAGAAUCGUUCGAUCGGUCGUUUCGUCCGUGUGGAUUUUCAAAACCGGACCGAGGAUUCGGGAACGUAGAUCGGUCGGAAAGCGAGGGGGAGAGGAUAAACGAGGAAUCAAAAGUAGAGACAACAUAUAUCGAUGGCAAUGCUGCGAAAUUUUUGCGAUGGAAAACCGGAAACGUAGCGAGUGUACCGUUGUCGAGAGUAUUUGAGUCGAAUGACGCCACGCGCUAUCGAUCACGGACGAGGAAAAAAUAAAACGAAGAAAAAGUGGUAAGGUAGGAGUCGCUGAUCUAUCUUAUAAAACAAGAAAACAAGGAUUGCCCGAAAGAAUGGGAAGGUUAAAAGAAAAAUCGAUAGUGCGUGUACGUGUUGAAGUUUAAAGAUCAGAAUCGGCUUCGUUCUCGAGUUUCUAUGACGUAAAACACGUGUAAUUAUUCGUAAGGUAAAAGUAACGUGGAAUCGUAAAAGGGAACCAAAUAUUAAAUAUAACAUGAAAAUAGAGAAAAAGAAAGGAAGUAAAAAAAAAAAUAUAUAUAUAUAUAUGGUCGUCCAAAGUCGAGAACGAGAGAUCGAUCUUCGAGAUCUCAUCACACUACCCGUGUAUCUGUCUUCAAAGAAUGAGAGAAAAAGAAAAAAAAAUAGGAACGAUAAAGCAAGUUUCGAAAAUAUUCUGUACGUGUGUUGUUCCCACAUCUAUAUUUUUCUAGACGCGUCUCCGCGAUUCCGCCUCGUGGAACACUGUACCUUCUAUCGAUUUAUUAUUUCCACGCGAUCGACUUAUCGAUGGUAUCGUGCAUCCGGCCGAGAGCUGGGAGAAACCUGUCGUUCGAUGAAAAGAAAAAAAAGAAGAUACCGUGGAAUUUUUUUCGUGCUAAACGUUGCUACAGUUUUUACGGAGUAUUCGAUAAAAAAUUGCUUGCCUUUUUAGGGUUCCUUUUCUUUUGUCUUAAAUAGAAAGCUUAAUGGAAUAUUUUGUAAUUCACUCUAAUCUUUAGUCCUUCUUUUUUCCUUUGAGAGUUUCACGAAGGUAUGUUUACGAUCUUUUAAAAUUGUAAUACGAUUAAAUUUUAUACGUUUCUAGGAAAAUAUUAUAAUUAUGUAUGCCUCUCUUUGAAAAUAUGAUUAAUAUAAGAUAUUAAUAAAAUGUAAUUAAAGAUGAAGGUAUAAAACGAUGGUUUCGUCUCUCCUCGUAAACGCGUGAAUCUCUGUUAUGUACGUAUAAAUAUACAAAUAAAUAUACAUACACAUAUAUAUAACGUAUAAGAUAUAAAAAUAUAUUAUAAUCGUCACGCGCUGGACGACGCGACGAUAUGUAUCUAUGCGAUUAAAGGUUCAAUAAAUGUGUUUAAUUAAGAACA